UUGAACGGACCGAAUGGGAAGAUGUAACUCAGUGACUGGUGUAGUUCCAUGAAAAGUGACGAAAAACUAGUAAUUUCGAAACAGUAGCCGGUUUCAGGAUUAUUUUUCGUUAAACUUAGAAAUUUUUCCGGCUGGUGAGUGUUAUGAGUGCCUCGAUUGGAUGUAGUGCAGCAGGAAAACUGUGAUUUUUAUUACCGUUCUAAAAGAUAGAUUCGCAAGUGAGGAUUCCAUUUUUUGUUUCCUCAUUUUAAUAUUUUAUACAUUCAGUUGUGCGAUUGUGUGAGAGCUAAUGGUGUUGCGCCUCCGUAUUUUAUUCAUCGGUGCUCGUUUGGAAUUACUUGCUCGCUGGUAGUGGUAUCAGAAGCGUUUCACGGCAGAAAUCGCGAAUCAAAAAGGAGUUUUUUUUGUGUGUGGCUGGCUGCUGACAUGAAAGGGUGGUGUGAAUGCUGAAACAAGAAAGGUGGAGGCAGGUUGCCGUCGAAUAAAGACGGGUUUUGACCGUGGCACUGUGGUCGUGUCAUACGCCGCUUAUUACUCUCUGCUGGGUCUGGUGCGGCUGAUUUUGGUUGGCCUGCUGCUUUCAACCAGUAGCAGCAGCAGCAGCAGCAGCAUUUUGAGGAUUGAACCUUGGCCGAUCGUCGCUCAUUAUUGUGGGACCAAUCCGUAUGCUGCUAUAAGUCUGUUUGGAAAAUGGACAGAUAAGGUGAAAUAAAUUUGCCUUAAAAAUUUCGAAACAAUGAUUGAGCACUGAGAGAGCACCACACCGAGGUGUAUGUCGGCUGGCGUGUUGUCCCACCGAUGCCAGACACAUCUUACGGAAGCCUAAUAAAAAGCAAAUACACAUAGUUUACAGCUGCGCGUAUAACUAGCGUUCAAGAAUUCACUACGAAUUAAUGGAAAACGGAAACCAAGAAGUUGGUCGUUACGGUCAAUUUUCUAUGAAAAUAUCACCGCAAUUUGCCACUGAAAAUAGUUUUGAUGAAUCAAACCAAUACAAAUAUUUAGCCUUUUCUUUGAAUUUUUCCUCCAAUUGUGAUUACAAUAAUCGAUAGACUUAGGAACUCAAACAAGCGAUACAAAGAAGCAUUCACGGAUAAAUAUACACCUCGAAAAGAGACAUAGCCACAGUACAGAAGAAAAUAAACGAUCUGGAAGUAUAUUGCUAUUUCGUGGCAGCGGGUAGUAAACAACAACAGUAGUUCUCACGAGCGUCUGCGCUGUAUAAUGGAUGAGGACCUCGUUGUCAUCUACAGAGCAACCGUCAGCUACACUUCUGCGAAUGUCGAAGAACUUAGCUAUUAUCAGGAGGAUAUCCUCGAGGUGUACACUCCGAAAACUUCUACCGGUGCUAUUUGGUACAAAGCUAACAACACUCGUACCAAGCAGACCGGCUACGUACAGUUACACAACUUAGCGCGCUGCGAUGCCAGUAGUAUGACAUCUUCGCCUUCCACUCAUUACAUGCCGGUGGGAGGAGAUGCUAACAACAGCAACAAUACCACCACCGCCACCUCCAUCAGCAACAGUAGCCACUCCAGUUGUACCACCACCAGCACCAGCACCAGUAGCAGCAGUAGCACAACUUGCUCAAGCAAUGACCCUUCCGGUAUUACCGAUCGAGAUAGCAACAACGCUCCAAUAGUGGUGUCUAGUGGGACGGCCGCCGUUACGACGGUGGUCGCUACCAUGGCCAAUCUCACGCUCACCAAGUCAACCAAGGAUAGCAAUAGUCUGACGUUGAAUCUCACGUCAGCGAUCGGUCCCUCCGGACGCGAUCCGUACGCCUUGGAGGACAUUUACGUCCAAUGCGUGAAUCCAAGCACCGAAGCUGGUUUGGUUAAUAAAAUGGAUGAAUUUAAUAAUAAAAACAUUAACAAAUGUCACACGACCGUACCUGUUUAUUUUGUAACUCCUAUUAUCUGUUUACUUUGUCGCGACUACAUCUGGGGGCUCGGACUACAAGGACGACAAUGUAGACAAUGCUGGUCGUGUUUCCACAUCAAAUGCUUACCGCUAGCCAUUCACGAAAUGUGCCAAAGAAAUACCGACGUUUAUCCGAAAAUGCCGACCACGUUUAGCAACGAUAAGUCUAUCAACGAUUGGACGUCAGCAAACGUAUUGGAAUGGAUGGCUGCUAACAACUUGUACACAUAUGCUGACGUGUUCAAAGCAAAAGAUAUAAAAGGCUGUGAUUUAUCUAAUUUGGAUCGUGAUAAACUAGGACAAAUGGGUAUUAAAAAUGAAUUCCAUCAGCAAACUAUCUUAGCGUCAAUAAAGGAUCUAUUGACGAGUGCAGAGAAACCGAUUCAGAGCGGUGGUACUUUGCGAACCACCAGCGGAGGAGGAGGUAUCGUGCUGGGAAUAACCGGCGAAGAGGGUGAUAACUUGGCUGAUAAGCACUCGCAUGAUUUGGUGGACCAUUCUUUUUCCAAGCUGGUUAAAUGUGAUAAGUGUCAGCAGUACUUGCGGGGGCUGAUACAUCAGGGAUUGCUAUGCAAGCAGUGUAAUCUCAUAGUGCAUCGGCAGUGCUCGGCUACGGGACUUAAACCGUGCGCAGUGGAAACCGGCAGUCGGACAGUGGCGCUGACCAAUCGUAGUCAGCAGGUCUUUGGGCUGGGUCUCUGUCAGCUGUUCAACGUGGCCGAGCUACCGGCGCCGCAGAUUGUCAUAAUACUUUGCAACGAGCUCGAACAAAAAGCGAUGUGCAACAUGAACUUGGAUCUGUACAAGCUGUAUCGGACGACGCCACCGAACUACGACGAGGUCAACAAACUUCGUGACUCGCUCAACGAAAAUCUAAUCAACACCGAUCUGAGCAGCUACUCGCCGGAGUGUGUAGCCACGGUGCUAAAGAAAUUCCUGCGAGAGCUGCCCGAUCCGAUCAUUCCGGUUAUGUUUUACGACAAAUUCGUCGAAGCCUCAAAAAUUACCAGUGAUGCGGUAGCAGUGGAACAGCUCCGGUUGCAUAUCCAGGAUCUGCCAAUUUACCACAACAUGACGCUCAAGUACAUCAUGAUCCAUCUGAUACGAAUAUGCCGAAUGCAGUACCAGCGGGGACUGAAAGAGCAACCGACAAUACUGAUACAAGUGUGGUGCCAUAUUCUAAUGCGUCCUCCUUGGGAGAAAAUUGUUCAAAUCGUGUAUAACACGGAAAACCACUUGCGAAUAAUGGAACUGUUGCUCUAUAAGCUGGACUGGAAGGAAAAACUACCAGAAUUCUUGUCUGCUCCUGCGGUACCUCCGCGGAAAAUAUCCCGAAGUGCGGCUGUGUUACAGCAACAGCAGCAACAACAACAAAUACCCGGUUCAUCUACUGUUUUACCCAACAGCAUGGGCUGCCUGAAAAAGCCUGCGAUCACAUCCCCGGCAUCUGUGAUACAAGCGCCCUUGGUUGGGGUGUAUAAUAAUGCCGGUAGCAAUAGUAGUAACGGGACAGUGGCCACCGAAAGUCGGGGGACAGCGUUGAUACGAGCAGUUGGUGACGCAAACACGCCAGCUGACCUUCGGGAAGCCGAAUGGUACUGGGGGAAAAUAACGCGCGACGAGGCGAAGGAGAAGAUGACGGACGCACAGGACGGGUCGUUUUUGGUGCGGGACGCCACCAGUGGUGGUGGUGAGUACACGCUUACUUUGAAAAAGGACGGUACAGAUCGUGUGAUAAAAAUAUAUCACAACAUGAACAAGUAUGGCUUCACGAAGGACUGUAGCCAUAACAGUGUGGUGGACUUGAUAAAUUUUUACCGAACAGUAUCGUUGAAGGAGUACAACACCAUUUUGGAUAUAAAACUAACGUAUCCGAUUUCACGAUUCGACGACGACAACUACAUUGGAAGUGCCGGAGACGAUACACCGCGCUUGGCGCAAAAAUUUAUCGAUACGGUUCAGCAGCUGAACGAGAAGCAACACGAACGCGAGAGGCUAACGGAAGAGUAUAAUACGGCAAAAAAUCAGGUAGAUUUGAAGAAGCAAGCGCAAGAGGCUUUUGCCGAGGCGGAAAAAUUAUUCCACGAGCAGCUGGCCAUCCAGGCUAGAUUUGAGAAGGAAGCACAGCCUCAUGAAAAACAGGGCAUCAGCACCAACAACCAGCUGAUCUUGGACCGGAUCCAAGAGCUAAAUCAGUGCAAACAUCAGCUGCAAGCCGAUAUGGAUAAGGAAAAAACCCGUAUUUGGACUCUGGAGCGUGAGAUCAAUAAACUCAAUCCGGAGAUUAUAACACUGAGCCGGACGAAGGAUCGCUAUCUGGAGGAAAUGAAGCGCCAGGGUGUCAACGACAACCAAAUCAAGCAAAUGCUGACCGAUGGGUACUUCUCGUACAAUCAGAGCAGCCAGGAAAUGCCUCACAACGACGAAAACGCCUGGCUGAGGCCAACCUUCAACCGGCAGGACGCUGAACAGUGGCUCGCGGGAAAACCAACCGGAACGUUUUUGAUACGGGCGCGUAGCGGCGGCCACUAUGCCUUGUCGAUAACCUGUAAUGAAACGAUUAAUCACUGUAUCAUUCACCAAACGGAACGAGGCUACGGAUUCGCGGAACCGUACAAUAUUUACGAUUCUCUGAAAUCCCUGGUGCUGCACUAUGCCAACAACUCGCUGGAAGAGCACAACGAUACGCUGCAGACGACGCUGAAAUAUCCGGCUUUCGCUAGCAAGCAACAUCAACAGUCCAACUAGAAAACACACACAUACUUUUGUCUACUUUUCGUACAGUUUUCCCUCGGGCUGCUGGCUGCUAGCUGGGUAGACACGACGAGAGCAUCCGAUUCGAGUUGGGUGAGGAACUGGUUUCCACACUUGAUUUCACGGUUUGUGCAAUUGUGUUCAAUCUCGCCAGCAGCGCUUUGAAGGUUAGUUUCAUCUUAAUUACUCCAACUCCUCUCGAGUAAAGUAUUUUCUACGUUCGUUUUAAGCAACUAAAGUGAAUAAAAAUUCCUUAAGAACCAGGCAAUAGGAAAAAAAAUGCGCGAAAUUAUUGUUUAUGCAAUUUCAGAUGUGUAUUUUCGUUUAUUGAGACGCGCAAUCGCUUCCGUUUUUUUAGUAGCUAGGAGGAAAUCAUAAAGUUAUAUGAAUUAAUAAAUUCGGAGGAAACCUCGUUUAUGAUUAUGUGCAUUUUAAGACUUUAUUCGACUUCGUACUAAAAGCAUAUUGCUAUUUUUAUGCCAUGGUCAGUGUAACUAGCCCGCGUUAAUAUUUUUACAUUUUUUAUUUACCUUUGAAAGAUUAUAGCUGUUUUUUGUGCAAGACUCUAGCGCAUUGCUGCUAGGGCAUUUUAUUUGUCUAUUUUUUCUUGAUUGAAUUUCUGAACACACACUUUUCUUCGUUCGUUUCAUCCAGUGUCCGACCUCUGAGAGAUAGAUGAUAGGUACUAGUAGCUGUAGGAUAGGUAGGAGACAUGAGAUACAGGCCAGAGAAUCAUAGGAAAAUAAGAUAAUCAGGAAAACAGUGCGUGCGUGUUUGUUCUAUUCGUUAUAAGUUUGACUCCUGUCUAUUGCGUGCACUUUCAAAUUCGAAAGUAAGUUUUUAUCGAAACAAUAAUCGAAUAAUAAUCAUAUUCAAGAAUAGUGGCAUUUCUAACCAAGUGAAUAAAACAUACAUUAAGUGCCUGUUUGAUAUGCGUCGUAUGUUGUUCACAACCUUCAUGUAUUGCUCAUGCAAUUUAGAUGGUUUUAGACAAAAGAGAGGGUUGAGGGUCAGACGGGCAUGUGGCUAGUUCUAAGAGUUAAGUGUUAUU